GGACGAAAAUGGACUGGAAGUGUGUAGCUUGUGGCGUGGUGGACUUAGCGGUAAAGGGCUCUAAAUGCACAGCCAUGGUGGAUACGGGCGCUGAGAUGAAUAUCAUUCGAGAAGCCGACACCAUCAAGUUUGGGUUAGAGGUAGACCGUUCGGAUUGUGGCAUCCUGCACGGGGCCAAUAACAAGGCCGUAUUUUGCGGAACAGCCUCGAAUGUGCUACUGGAGAUUGGCAGGGUGAAAGCGCGGGCCUGUUUCUUUGUGAUGCCCGAUGUGGACCAUUGUAUUCUCCUGGGGAGGUCCUUCCUAUGCAGGACAGAAACCUUGAUGUAUAAUAAGCAUGAUGGGUCAUUGAUCUUGAUUUUAUGUGAUCCAGCAUGCGGGAAUUACGAAGUGAUUACCUGCCGGAACACUCGGCCAAGGAGCCUAAGGAACAGGCCCAACCCUGGCUCGUUCACGAUUGAGGAGUCAGAAGACGCGCAUCGGAGGCUUAUGGCAGAGCCCGAGGAGGAAGUAGAAGGUAAAGCCUUCUCGCUCAGCCUGUCGGAUGUGGGAAAGACCAUGGAUAUAGUGGCCACGCACGAGAUGACCGAUCCGGAUGCCAUUCAGGCGUUGAGGGAGCAGGUUCUGGAGUAUCCCAAAGUAGGGGAAAUGGAGCUGGUCUAUCGGCUUCCUAAGGGGGGAAUGGAUCUGGCGGUGGCACAGGCACAGGCACGAGCGGCAAGUCAGCCCUUUUUAGGGGCCGGCUCAAGCAGGGAUGCAGGUGGGCUACCAAAUGCUGAUGCACUGUCGGAAUCGUGUGCUAGGAGGCCGAUAAUUUCACUUAUUGACCUCUAUUCCGGAUAUGACCAAUUUCCGGUCUACCCACCGGACCGACCAGUGACGGUUAUGCACAUGCCUCGAGGGCUUAUCCACAUGAAUGUGGCUCCACAAGGGUGGACGAAUGCGGUGGCAAUGGUCCAGAGGAAUAUGAUCCGGGUCAUGCAGACAGUUAGUCCGUACAUCACGCAGCCGUACAUCGAUGACCUGGCAGUGAAAGGGCCGCGAAAAACGGAAAACGAUGAGGUCCUGCCUGGAGUAAGGCGGUUUGUUUGGAGGCACGUUCAGGACCUUGAUAAAGUCUUGGGCUUGCUUGAGCAGUACAACCUUACGGCCAGCGGGCCCAAGUCUAAGCACUGUAUGAGGGAAGCGACUAUCUUGGGAUUCGUCUGUAAUGAGAACGAUCGGCGGUCCGACGUUAAGAAGACGGAUAAGAUAGUUGAGUGGCCGGUGCCAUUCCGUUCUGUAACACAUGUAAGGAGCUUCCUAGGUACGUGUGGGUUCUGGAGGUCCUUCAUCAAGAACUUUGCAGCAAAGAUAGAGCAAUUAAGGAAGCUGGUCCGGCAGGAUCAGGAGUGGACCUGGGGUGAGGAUCCGGAAGAGGUUGUGACCAACAUGAAGGAGGAGUUCCGGGAAGGGGGGUUGGUGCUGGGAGCGCCCGAUUAUGACACUACGGAGGCGAGACCAUUCAUUGUGGAGACCGAUGCAGGACCGACGACUUUGGGUGGAGUUCUAAUCCAAGCAGACAUCAAAGGGAAGGAGAGACCGCUGCGUUUUGAGAGUCGCACGUUGUGUACGUCAGAAAGAAACUACUCCCAAUUUAAGAGGGAGACUCUCGCCGUCCUUCAUUGCCUGCGGAUUUUUCGAAACUACAUCUUCGGCAGGAGGUUCAUCUUAAGGGUAGACCCGACGGCUCUGGCUUUCUCCCUGAGGAAGUAUGUUCCGUCCGAUCCAACAGUUGCCAGGUGGUUGACAUACAUCUGGAUGUUCAACUUCGAGUUGGAACGGAUCCCAGGGAACAAGAACAUGGCAGAUGGACUAAGUCGCAUCAAUUGCGAUAGGCAGGACGGGGAAGCUGUAGAGGACACGCCCCCAGUUGAUGGCUUUCUGUACCAGGACGAGGACAUCCACCUCCACAUCAAUAAGUGGUCCCCACGAGUCCCCAACUGCGUUGGCCAUCCUAUCUGGCAUGCGCCUAACGGGUAUGAGCGGAGAGCUGAGUUGGUGCUCAAGCCUUUUGAAGAAGAGGAUCCCUGGGGUGGGUUGACGACCCCAAGCAGGGUAGAGGUCGAAACCUCACAGAAAGCUGAUGAGUAUUUGGAUCAGAGGAUUCGCUCCGUAUCCAAGACCUCCUUCGACAGGUAUAUGAUGUUGGAGGCGGAUCUGAGAGGGAAGGAAGUGAAGGAAGCAGGGCUGGAGUCACGGUUGGGGACCAUUGAGGCAGAAGUCUGUGAGCUCAGGGCUCUGGUGGCUAGCCAUACCGCCACCAUCCUGGAAUUGAAGCAGCAACUCCAUGGUAGCAGGGAUGGGGCGGAGAGUAGCAGGCCAGGAGGGCAGAGUCAGCAAAGACAUGGCGUAUCAGAGCAACCAAAUAUGGUUGAGCCUCAACAAGAGGCACCUAUGGGAAGGAUCAUUUUGGAGCCUGAGGAGGCAAAGGCCAAGAGGAAGGCUGAGAGGGAAGCCUUCGAAUUCAGAGCCCCUACAGAGCUUGCGGUGCUACCCACGAUGGCCGCAGACCCUGCCAUGCCACCGUCACUUGAGGAAAGACUGCCCUCGGCUAGUGAUGAGCCCCUCCAAGGCUCGAUAGGAGGAUCCUUGGACGUUCUGCUGGAAGCAGUCCACACGAUGCAGGAGGAUGCUGGCUUGUUUUCACCAGAGUCCAAGUUGGAGGAGCCCCUGGAGAGCGAGAUGGGAGGUGCAAUGGAGGGCAUCAUCGCAGGCAGGCCCCAGGGAUUGGAUACUCCUGACUAUGAGCCAGAGGGAGCGAGGGCGCAACCAGGGCUCAGUCUGCGAGGGUCGGAGGCAGGAUCUGAGAGACCCAGAGAUGUGCCUCAGUGCCAUGAGUUGGACGGAGAGGCCAGGGAAACCCCAUCGCCAGCAGGGCCCCAGCGGAAGAAGAAAAGGCCUAGGAAGUCUUUUGACUCGACCUGCUUCUAUUGUACGAAAGGAGAGCACAGGGCAUUACAAUGCCUCAAAUUCCUAAAGGACCAAGCAGACGGGAAGGUCUCGAAGUAUGAUGGGAAGAUGUAUGAUAGGCAGGGUAGAGUAGUGGAACAGCUGUAGAUGGGGGUAGAGCUCAGUUGUACAGGCAGAACCAGGAGGAGAUGAGUGAGUAGGGUCUGGUUCACCUGAAUAAAAACUGGAUAUUUCU